AAAACCUCAUCUACUCCAAAAGAGCCAUCACUCUAUCCCUUAACUCUUCCUCAAAACCCAGCCUCUAAACACAAUCUCUGUUGCCAUCAUGGAUUUAUCAAAUCAUUAUCAACAUCACAACUCUUCUUCUUUUGUAGAUCAACAAAAAGAAUGACAAAUGCAAGAAUACCCAUUUUGUAGAUAAACUCUUUUUCAUAAUCAAAUCGAUUAAGAAGAGGUCCAUCAAGCAAUUUGUCUCCCAAUCCACCACCACCAUGUCUCCUUCCAUUUCACAGACCUCUUGUGAUUUCGAUUACAAACGAGUUCAUAUGUUCAUCGAAGGUGAUGAAAAGAGAUAGAACUAAACCCUAGAUUUAAGGUUAUGGUGCCUUAACCAGGAAAGAGGUGAUAAUGAUGUACAAGGAGAGAGGUGGUGAUGGUGUUGCUAUAAGGAAAGAAGGAGAGGGGAAUUUGGUAAGGUCAAUUAAGAGUUGUUAGAUUGAGUUUUUAAAAUUUUUGGGGUGUAUUUAAUUAAUUUGGUGUUGAUAGACCCCAUCUUAAAGAUCAAACCAGCGACUCCUUUCCGUUCGAAUUCUUGUACACCGAACACAUGACACUCCUUCUUCCUUGGCGCCACUGAAACCUUUCUGUUUCUUUCAUGGCCUCCCAAACCAUAGACUCCACGAAGCUCUACCUCUCCUCGCUUGAUACACCAACAGAAUCCCCUCUCUCUCUCCCUCCAAUACCCUCUUUUCUCCCUCCCUCCAAGCUCAUCCCCGGAACCCGUUUCCUCGUCGAUGCCUUCCGCCACGCCGGUGAUUUCUCUGUUUCCUUCUUCCUCUCCCACUUCCACUCCGACCACUAUGUGGGCCUGUCUUCCAACUGGUCCAAGGGCCUCAUCUUCUGCUCCCCCACCACCGCCCGUCUCCUCGUUGAGGUUCUCCAGUUAUCUUCGCAAUUCGUAGUUUCUCUGCCCCUUAAAGAAACUGUGAUUAUCGAUGGUUGUGAAGUAGUUAUCGUUGAUGCGAAUCACUGCCCCGGUGCGGUACAGUUUUUAUUCAAGAUUCCGACUGCUGAUGGAAAAUUCGAAAGGUAUGUGCAUACUGGUGAUUUUAGGUUUUGUGAGGGAAUGAAGUUGGAACCUUUGAUUAGAGAAUUUGUUGGUUGCAAUGCAAUAUUCUUGGAUACGACUUAUUGUAAUAAGAAACAUGUGUUUCCGCUGCAAGAGGAGUCGGUUGAGUAUGUUGUGAGUGUGAUUGAGAGGAUUGGUGGGGAGUAUAAGAGUGAUAGGAAGGACGUGUUGUUUCUGAUCGCCACUUAUGUGAUCGGGAAAGAGAAGAUUUUGCUUGAAGUUGCACGCAAGUGUAAGAGGAAAGUGCAUGUGGACCAUAGGAAAAUGAAGGUCUUGGGUGUGCUGGGUUAUGGUGAGAGUGGCGUGUUUACGGAGGAUGAGGGUGAGAGUGAUGUUCAUGUUGUUGGGUGGAAUGUGUUGGGUGAGACUUGGCCAUAUUUUAGGCCUAAUUUUGUGAAAAUGAAAGAGAUUAUGUUUGAAAGAGGGUACUCCAAGGUUGUUGGUUUUGUACCAACAGGCUGGACAUAUGAGGUAAAACGUAACAAGUUCACCGUGAGAUCUAAGGAUUCAUUUGAGAUCCAUCUUGUACCAUAUAGUGAACAUUCAAAUUAUGACGAGCUUAGAGAGUAUGUAAAAUUUUUGAAACCCAAGCGUGUUGUUCCUACUGUUGGCAUGGAUGUUGAGAAGCUUGACAGUAAGCAUGUUGAUAAGAUGAAGAAGCAUUUUGCAGGGUUGGUUGAUGAAAUGGCCAACAAGAAAGAAUUUUUGAUGGGAUUUUAUCGUGGAUCAUGUGAAAAUGAUGAAAUUGAUGAAGUGGAAGUUGGCCCUAGCAUGGGUAUGCUGUUGGACGAGGAGGAAGUGCUGAAGUUAUCUGGCACAAAACCUGUCAAAAAUAAUGAUCUGGGAAUUAUUCUGAACUCAUUGUCUCCCAUGCAGGAACCCGUUUCACAUGAGUUGACUGUUCUGGCAGAAAAGGAAACCGAGAAAAUGGUACAUUCACAGGGCGUGACUCUUUUGAAUGACGAGGAAACAGAGAAAACAUUGCAGGAGCUUUGUGAUUGUUUGCCGACGUGGGUCACUCGAGAUCAAAUGCUGGAUUUAAUUGGCAAGUCAGGAAGUAAUAUUGUUGAUGCAGUUUCAUUUUUCUACGAGCAUGAAACUCAAUUUCAUGAACAAGCCUUUACUUGUAUGAGCUCUGGUUCUGCAUUGCAUACUAGCUUACCUAAUGAUACUGCAUUGUGUCUAGAGCCAGUAUUGGAUAAGAGCAAUCAUGGAAAUAUGGAUAUUCCUUCAAGUCAAAACUACCAGUUGCCUAAUGUUAAGCUUAUGACUAAGAGCAGUAUCUCUCCUGGAAAAAGAAAAAGGACGACUGACAAAAGCCCAAGCACAAAGACAAAAACUAACUCAAAAUUGGGUUCUGAUAUGUCAAAGCAAUCCACAAUUACUAGGUUCUUUAGUAAAAUUUCUCUGGACGUUUCUCAAGAUGGUCAGAUUGGAUCUUUGUCUGAGCAGUGCCCUGAAGAUAAACUUCAGCUUCCAAGUGACCCUACAUUCACGUAUAAGGAGCAGAUAGAUCAGUUUAUUCAGAUAAUUAAUUGUAACGAAUUAUCUCAAAGCUAUGCUGCCACCAUAAUGGAGAAGACAAAAGGAGAUGUUAACAUGGCACUGGAUAUAUAUUAUGGAAAGACUCAGGGGACCUUCGGUGAUGAUAUAGAUGAGUUGGUAGGCCGUAGCAAAGCUGUUGAGAUCCAGUGCUGUUCUAAUAAUCCUUCCCCUGACCAGGAGAAAUAUUUAUCAAAGAAAUUGAGACGCGUGGAUGAUUCGUCUGCACUGGGAUAUUCAACAGAUACAAUUGAUAAAACUCUUCUAUCACUACCACCAGAUAAAUAUAAUCCUGUAGAGCAUGCAUGCUGGAAACUUGGACAGCCUGCUCCAUACAUCCACCUUGCAAGAACUUUUGACCUGGUUGAGGGUGAAAAGGGCAAGAUUAAAGCUACUUCCAUGCUGUGCAAUAUGUUUAGAAGCUUGUUGGUCUUGUCUCCUGAGGACGUGCUGCCUGCAGUUUAUCUGUGCACAAAUAAGAUUGCUGCUGACCAUGAAAAUAUGGAACUGAAUAUUGGUGGAGCUUUGGUCACAUCGGCCUUGGAAGAGGCCUGUGGAACAAAACGGUCUAAAAUAAGGGAUAUGUACAAUACCUUGGGUGAUCUUGGUGAUGUUGCUCAAAUGUGCCGACAAACACAAUCUGUACUUGCUCCUCCUCCUCCACUUUUAAUCAAAGAUGUAUUUAGUGUGCUGCGAAAGAUAAGCGAACAAACAGGCAAUGGAAGCACUGGCCGAAAGAAAAACCUCAUUGUGAAUCUCAUACGUUCUUGUAAGGAGAAGGAGACGAAGUUUCUUGUUCGAACUUUGGUGAAAAACUUAAGAAUAGGGGCAAUGGUGAGAACUGUUCUGCCUGCAUUGGCUCAAGCAGUUGUUUUAAAUGCCUGCCCUCACUCGCAUCUUGAAAUAGACUACUUAAAGGAAAAGCUUCAGUGUAUUUCUGCUGCAGCAGUUGAUGCAUAUACAGUACUUCCAAAUUUGGAUUUGGUUGUGCUUUCUCUCAUAAACAAAGGCACUGAAUUUUCUUCGUCAACCCUGUCAAUGGUUGCUGGAAUACCAAUUAAGCCCAUGCUUGCAAAAAUUACCAAUGGAGUUCCCCAAGCACUGAAACUCUUUCAAAAUAAAGCGUUUACAUGUGAAUACAAAUACGAUGGUCAACGUGCCCAAAUCCACAAAUUAGCAGAUGGAACUUUCCAUGUUUUCUCAAGAAAUGGGGAAGAAACUACCUCAAGAUUUCCAGAUUUGAUUGAUAUAGUCAAGCAGUCCUGUAAACCUGCUGCUGUGACUUUCAUUCUGGAUGCAGAGGUAGUUGGAGUUGAUAGGAAGAGUGGCUUCAGGCUCUUGUCUUUCCAAGAAUUAUCUUCAAGAAAGAGAGGAAGCAAAGAUUCCUUGAUCACAGUGGACAAUAUAAAGGUUGACAUAUGUGUGUUUGUCUUUGAUAUGAUGUUUGCCAAUGGAGAGCAGCUGUUGGGUUUACCUCUCCGUCAAAGACGCAAGUACUUGAAGGAUUUGUUAUAUGAUGAGAAGUUGGGAUAUUUCGAGUAUGCAAAGGAAAUGACAGUUGAAGCAGAGGAAGCUAGUUUGACGAAUGAACUCGCAUUAACUAAGAUAAGCACUUUUCUUGAAGAAGCAUUGCAUUCCUCAUGUGAAGGAAUUAUGUUUAAAUCUUUGGAUGUUGAUGCUGGAUAUUCUCCAUCGAAGCGUGCUUAUUCAUGGUUAAAGGUCAAGGGAGAUUAUGUGGAAGGAUUGAACGACUCACUUGAUUUAGUUCCAAUUGGCGCAUGGCAUGGCAAUGGGAGAAAAGCUGGGUGGUACAGUCCGUUCCUAAUGGCAUGUUACAAUCCUGAGACUGAGGACUUCGAAAGUGUUUGUCGUGUCAUGUCUGGGUUCUCAGAUUCUUUCUACAAAGAGAUGAAAGAAUUCUUUACUGGUGAUAAGAUCUUAUCGAAAAAGCCAUCGUACUAUCAAACAUCAGAGGCCCCUGAUAUGUGGUUUCCUCCGGAAGUUGUUUGGGAAAUAAGAGGUGCAGAAUUCACCUUAUCUCAAGUUCACCAGGCAGCUAUAGGUUUGGUCCAUCCAUCUCGGGGCAUCUCGGUGAGAUUUCCAAGAUUUAUUCGCUCCGUGACAGAUAGAAAUCCAGAGGAUUGUAGCACAGCUUCAGAUAUAGCUGAAAUGUUUAAUUCUCAGCCCCGGAAGAUGAUUGUCACUAGUGAAAAUUGAAUAUCCAACUCUGAUCAUGUGAAUAAAGCUAAAUCUAGUGAGGGUUCUCCAAGCCUAUGACAUUUUGGUCAUUAAUUGUAAUAUAUGAGAAUAAAUAGGAGUAUAAAAAUACAUCUUAAUGUAGAGUUGGGAAUUAUGGCCUGGCCCUUUAACCAAUUUAGGGUCCGUUUGGUAAACAAUUUUGACAGUAGCAUAUAUUGUGGUAUAGUAUAUAUAUGGGUCGAUUUUGGUUGCAUUUAGGGUUGUAAUACAAGAUCAAGUCCGGGUUUUUUAGGCGAA